CCCAGAUACCGUGUGACCGCAAGCUGAUCCCAGUCGACGACUCAUCCCAACACGCUUCACCUCAAUCAUGUCUCAUCUAACAGUCUCCAAGAUCCUCGAGGACCCCUUCAGCGCCCUCUCCCUCUCCGAAAUGCUCAAGAUCCUCGCCGCGCUCGGUUGGUCCACCAACUACCUCGCCAUGGCCCACCGCACGCACGCGGACAGACUCCCCGCCAUCGCCGUCCUCCCUUUGUGCUGCGAUAUCGCCUGGGAAUUUACCUACGCGUGGAUCUACCCACAGGCCAGCGGCCACUGGCAGGGCGUCGUGCGUGUGUGGUUUUUCCUGCACACGGCCGUCCUGGCCGCGACCCUGCGGUACGCCCCGAAUGACUGGGCGGGCACGCCGUUGGGUAAGAGCCGCGCGAGGCUGGUGCUGCUGUAUGUGGCCGUUAUCGGCGCGUUUGCGGCGGGCCAGCUGUGCCUGGCCUUGGAAAUGGGUGGCGCGCUGGGCUUCCAUUGGGGUGGCGCGCUGUGUCAGUUUCUCUCGAGCUCGGGCGCCGUUGGGCAGCUGCUUACCCGUGGGCAUACGAGGGGUGCCAGUUUGGUUAUUUGGGGUGCCCGCGCAAUAUCAACUGCCGGCGGGUUUGUAAAACUCUGCAUCCGCUUCCAGCACCAGGUCGAUGGGGCGCCGUGGCUUGACAGUCCAAUGUGCUGGUUUUAUAUUGGGAUCGUGCUCUCCUUGGAUGCGUCGUAUCCGGUGCUGUACCAGUUGACCAGAAGGCAUGAAGAGGCGAGUGGGAGGGGAAAUUCCGGCAAAGUGAAGAAUCGCUGAUUGCUCCAUGUCUGCUGUGCACGAGGCCUCUGAGAUAGACUGGAGAUUAGUUGGGGUACAAGACAAAGAUCACUUGAGAGUACCAAAGCGGAGUGCAGAGGAAGCUGAUACAAGACUGUCAAGACAAGGCCAUGUCACAAAGUAGCUGCAAGGUCCGUGCUAAUCAAUUGAUUAUAUUGAUAACGUAUAUUCUAUCACAUCUUGUACAGAAGGGCUAUAGGAGACAACAAAAUCAAUGCGCAAAACGAAAAAGCCACCGAAUUAGCUUCGUCAAGCAUGCGCCACUGGCUGGAUUCUCGAUCCCUUGACGGACAGCCACUUCAUCGGCAGCACCCCAAACACUGCUAGGGCGCACAGCGCAGCUCCGGCAUAGAACACCUGUGUAAUACUUACACUGUACGCGUCCAGGGCCUGAGGGAGAUACUCUGGCUCGAUUGCACUGCGUAUCUCCAUCGGCGACGCAUCAGCCACCCUCGCCGUAUCCACGCCCGGAAGCGCCGCAUUCAGAUUGUGAACCAGCCGACUCUGAAACACACUUUGGGCCACAAAGUUGAACAACGCGCCCGCGAGCGUCUGCGUAAACGUGAUGAUGGCGGAGCCCGUCGACACGUCGUCGGCGGCGAGAGCAGUCUGCACAGCGACGAGGGGGAGCGCCAUGCCGGCUCCGGUGCCGACUCCCAACACCAGCUGGUACGUGAUCCAGGCCGCGGGGCCGGAAGAGACGUGCAGUGUCGUGAGCAGUCCCGCGCCAAUAGAGCCGACCACCGGUGCCAUGUACAUGAACGGCACGUAGUAGCCAACGCGGCUGACGGCCCAGCCGGACAGCAUCGAACACACCACCACCCCGAGGAUCAUGGGAAGGUUCA